GUCGUCUUUUGAAUAGAUGCAGGAAGUGUGCAGCGUGAGACUGCAAUUUGACUUUAGCUCUUCCAGGAAAAUCACGUUCCUUUUCAUCAUCGGUGAACCUCUGUCUGAAGAUGGUGGACUCUCAGUACUACCUCCCGAAUGACAUCGGCAUCUCGGCACUUGACUGUGGGGAGGCCUUCCGCUUGCUUUCACCCAAGGAGAAGAUGUACUCCCACUACCUGUCGCGUUCUGCCUGGUAUGGUGGUCUUGCAGUGUUGCUGCAGACGUCCCCUGAAUCGGCGGACAUCUUUGUCCUGCUGCAGAAAAUCUUCAGGAAGCAGACGCCUUCACAGCUGGCACAGGUCGCCACAGCAGCUGGACUCAGCUCUGAGGAGUACCAGGCCUUCUUGGUGUAUGCAGCAGGUCUCUAUGCCAACAUGGGAAACUACAAGUCUUUUGGUGACACAAAGUUCAUCCCAAAUCUACCUAAGGACAAGCUGAAGGCUCUGUUGAAGGCCAGCCAGGCGUUUCAGGAGCAGCCCACUGAGAUGGAGGCGUUGUGGAACAGGUGCUCUUGUCUUCUCUACUCUCUGGAAGACAAACAGAAACAGCUGGGGCUGGGCGACAAGGGAAUCACCACUUACUUCUCAGGAAACUGCGGCUUGGAGGAUGCUGAGCUGACUCAGAGGUUCCUUGACUCAAAGAAACUUUCGGCAUACAACACACGUCUUUUCAAGAGGGACAAUGGGGGGAAAGCCUGCUAUGAGGUGCGCUUGGCCUCAGCUGUGCAGAAAGAUUGUGCUGUGGACGGUGAAGGCGAGUCGUGCUGCGGCAGCUUCAGCUUUGAAGACAAAGAGUUCACUGUGAAGAGAGGAGACUACGCUCCUCUCAUGGAGAAAGUCAGCUAUUACCUCCAACAAGCACAGGGCUACGCUGCCAAUGAGAACCAGAGAAAGAUGCUGGAAGAGUACGAACGCAGCUUCACCCUUGGCUCAGUUGAAGCCCACAAAGAAGGCUCCCGCUAUUGGAUCAAAGACAAAGGACCAAUUGUUGAGAGUUACAUAGGUUUCAUAGAGAGCUACAGAGACCCGUUUGGCUCCAGAGGAGAGUUUGAAGGUUUUGUUGCUGUGGUGAACAAGGCGAUGAGCGAGCGCUUUUCGAAGCUGGUGAGCUCCGCGGAGGUCUUGCUCCCUGAGCUGCCUUGGCCCCGGGAGUUUGAGAAGGACACUUUCCUGAAACCCGACUUCACCUCCCUGGAUGUUCUCACCUUCGCUGGCAGUGGAAUACCAGCUGGCAUCAACAUCCCCAACUACGACGACAUCAGACAGUCAGAGGGCUUUAAAAACGUGUCGCUCGGCAACGUGCUGGCUGUGGCCUACGCUACACAGAAAGAAAAACUCACCUUCCUGCAAGAGGAGGACAAGGAUCUGUUUAUCAAGUGGAAGGGCCCAUCGUUCGAGGUGCAGGUUGGACUUCAUGAGCUCUUGGGCCAUGGAAGCGGCAAACUGUUUGUCAAGGAUGACGAAGGCAAGUUCAACUUCGACAAAAACAAGGUGAUCAACCCAGAAACUGGAGAACUGGUGUCCAGUUGGUAUCGGGGCAGCGAGUCGUGGGACAGUAAAUUCUCCACCAUCGCCUCCUCUUACGAAGAAUGCCGUGCCGAGUGUGUCGGACUCUACCUGUGUCUCAUCAAGAAAGUACUCAGUAUCUUUGGCCACGAAGGGGAGGACGCCGAGGACAUUGUGUAUAUCAACUGGCUCAGCAUGGUCAGAGCUGGACUGUUGGGCUUGGAGUUCUACACAACUGAGAGCAAGAACUGGAGACAGGCUCACAUGCAGGCCCGUUUCGUGAUCCUGUGUGUCCUGCUGGAGGCCGGGGAGGGCCUGGUGGGCCUGGAGGAAGUGACCGGGGCGGACGGCAAGCCCGACGCUCGAAUCACACUGGACCGAAGCAAGAUCCACACUGUGGGCAAGAACGCCAUCCACAGGUUCCUCUGUAAACUGCAGGUCUUAAAGUCGACAGCUGAUGUGGAAGGAGGCCGGGCUCUGUACGCCUUCUACUCCACUGUCAGCGACACCGGCGCCCACAACUUCUUGCGUCUUCGGGAGACAGUGCUGCUGAGGAAGGAAGCUCGAAAGAUGUUUGUCCAGGCCAACACCAAAGUCAACGGGGACAGUGUUGAGCUGGUGGAAUAUGAAGGCAGCGCAGAAGGAUUGAUCUGCUCCUUCACUGAGCGCUUCCAGGACGAUGCAGAGAAGCUGGAGGCCGACCUUCUGGAGAUGAGCAAAAAAGACGCCCCCUGCUGGUGUUGAUGGACGCCCCAUCCAUAGGCUUAAAAAAUUCCAGCUAAAUUCAA